GUCAUGCCCUCAAAGAAGCCAAUACAUUCUAGGCACCCAUCGAUACAACGCCCGUGGAAUGUAGUAGGAGAAUGCUGUGUCAUAAAACACAGAGACUUUUGGGUACAGGAGCGCUCGUAUUUAACUCACGGAGACUCUUCCGUAUGGCCACUUGUAAAGAAGGACGUGAGAACAUGGCUGGCCUGUCACAGGAAUCCUCUUCUUCACAAUGCAGACUGCUGUCUACAGACAGUAGCACUAAGACUGUCAAGAAGUUGUCUGUGGAAGGCAAUAUUGCAGCAGGUAAAUCUACAUUCCUGAGACUGUUAUGCAGCGCACAGCAAGAAUGGUGCCUGAUGGAGGAGCCUCUCAGGAAGUGGCAGCAUGUCCAUUCUGCUUCCCGUCAGCAGGUGGACAAUUUGCUGCAGCUCUUGUAUGAUGAUCCAGCCCGGUGGUCAUACACCUUUCAGACACUAUCCUGCAUGAGCCGCUUCAAAGCUCAGAUUGAGACAUCUCCAGAACAUUUGCUGAAGCAGAGGGAACCCGUUCAGAUAUUUGAGAGAUCAAUAUACAGUGACAGAUUUGUAUUUGCCAAGGCUCUUUUUGGCCUUGGCCAUUUAAGUGAACUUGAGUGGACUUUGUACCAAGACUGGCACUCAUUUUUAUUGGAGAAGUUUGGCAAGAGAGCUGCCUUGGAUGGGAUUAUCUAUCUGCGGGCAACCCCAGCAAAGUGCUAUGAAAGACUUCAGAAGAGGGGGCGGAAGGAAGAAGCGACGGUUACUGAAGGCUACCUGAAAAAGCUUCAUGAUCAGCAUGAAUGUUGGCUCAUAGAGAGGACAACAGACGUCCAUUGUCAGCACAUUAGGGACAUCCCAGUCCUUGUGUUAGAUGUUGAGGAGGAAUUUGAAGGAGAUCCAACAGUUAGUGGACAUCUAAGUAAUAAAGUGAAGGAGUUUGUUGCCAGUUUAUAAGGUUGGCUGUUAUCUGUAUGACAUGCUCCUGAUAUUGAUGACCUAUCCGCAGGAUAGGUCAUUAAUAUCAAUCAGUGAGGGUCUGACAACCUGAUGCCCUAGCGAUCAGCUGUUACCUGUAGGCUCCAGCCUUGGAACUAGUGCUUUAAAUAGAGCAAGGAACAAAGCUCUGUUCCAAUAGUUACUGCAGCUCAGCUCCCAUUCACUUCAUUAGGAGCUGAGCUGCAGUAAUCCAGCAUAGCCACUACGCUUUGUGCACCAUUUAAGAGCUAGUUUCAUGGCUGGAGCCUGCAUAGAACUUCUAAUUGGUGGGUGUUGGACCCUCACUGAGCGGAUAUUUAUGACCUAUCCUGUGGAUAGGUCAUUAAUAUCAGGAGCCUGAAAAGCUGGAGAUGAUGUAUAGUUAUAGUCAGUACAGCUUGUAUUUUAAUCCCUGCUCAUUCUGUGCUUAGGAGUCCAGUGGGUGGUCCUACUCUGUGAUUGGCAGCCAGCCUUCUGUUAUGAGUGUGCAUACAGAUAAAGCUGUCAAUCACUUAAAUAGGACUGCUUGCUGGAUUCAAGCAUACAACAACCAGAGGUUUAUUUAUGUAAAUGACCAGCUAUACUGAAUCACUUCCCAUAAGGAUCAAUUAACACGUCCGCAAAAAGGGUCUGCAUUUUCAGUGGGACCACACUUCCGUUCCGCGUCCCCGCAUAAAAAAUAGAUCAUGCCCUAUUCUUGUUUGCACGGACAAGAAAAGGCAUUUCUAUCAUAGUGCCAGCCAUGGGGAACGAACAUGGCCGGUGUCCGUGUCUUGCGGAUCGCAAAACAGUUGCGGACAUGUGAA